AUGCUACCUGAAGAAGUCUUUGCCAAUACUUCAGAGGAAGAAGUUGAAAUAGUUACAGAAAUCCGCUCCAAACUCAAGGAAGACCCAACCCUGGAGCCCAUCAUCCAAUUCCUGACAGAAGAUGCAGACAAUGCGCCUCCCUCUAUUCAAAAAGCCUACCGAGACUACAAUUGGGAAGAAGACCUCCUGUGGUACCGCGGAAAACUAGUAGUACCAGACUUGGAAGCCCUCAAGGAGCAACUAUUGAAGGAAUUCCAUGACUCCCCACUGGCAGGGCACCCCGGACAACAAAGGAUGCUCAAACUUGUUAGCAGGAACUAUUGGUGGCCCGGAAUGAAAUCUUCUGCAAAAGAAUGGGUUGAAUGCUGCCCAGUUUGCCAGGCUAAUCGACGCGCACAUGCUCCAGUUAUCUCCCUGAAACCUCUGGAAGUUCCCCCCUUCCCUUUCCACACAAUUUCCUAUGACUUUAUCACAGGUUUCCCUAAGUCCCAAGGAUUUGACGCAAUUCUGGUAGUCAUAGACUCCUUCUCCAAGUUUGGACACUUCAUUCCAACUACCAAGAAGGUCUUGUCCAAGGGAUUAGCGGAAUUAUUUGUCUUGCAUGUGUGGAAACUCCAUGGAUUGCCAGUUAAGACAAUAUCAGACAGGGGAACCACAUUUACAGGGAAAUUCCUGAGAGCUCUAUACCAACGCCUUGGGAUCAAGCCCUCAUUCUUGUUGGCCUACCACCCGGAGUCAGACGGUCAAACGGAGAGGGUGAAUCAAUUCAUCGAGUUCUACCUGAGAUCAUACGUAGCAGCAGACCACUUGGACUGGGCCUCCUGGUUGCCAUUAGCGGAAUACGCGUACAACAACGCUAAACACUCCGCCACUGGGAAAACCCCCUUUGAGUUGGUUUAUGGAAGGAACCUGGUCAUGAACCCGUCCAACGUCCCAGCAAACGUACCAGAAGCUGACAACGUGGCUGAUACCUUAGCACAAGAGUGGAAGGAAGCGGAAUCCGCCCUGAGAAUGACAAAGGAAAGAAUGGCAGGAACCAAGGGAAUAACCCUGGAAUUUUCCAUUGGAGAAAAAGUUUGGCUAGACGCAAAAAAUGUGGAGAUACAUUCUAACUCCAACAAACUGGACCCCAAGCGCCUAGGUCCCUUCAAGAUCACCAAAAAAAUCUCCAGCCAUGCGUAUUGCCUGGAACUCCUGGUAACCAUGAAAAUCCACAACGUAUUCUAUGUAGGAUUACUGUCCAAAGUCCACAAGUCCCCAAGUCAACCACUUCCGGAACAACCUCCUCCUGAAACAAUAGAAGGAGAGGAGGAAUACAAAGUAGAGCAAAUCAUUGACUCUAAAAGACAACGUGGAAAGUGGUUCUACUUGAUCAAAUGGAAAGGGUAUGGCCCAGAAGACAACUCAUGGGAGCCGGAAGAACUGUUGGAACACAGCCAGGAAGAGAUCAAGCGCUUCAACCAAGCCAGACUCAGAAAGGCUCGUGACACCGCCAAGAGCCUUUAA